GAAUUCAGAAGGUUUUGCCAAACAACGCCGCAAAUCAACUUUCCCGAAUCUCGACGCCCAUUGUUGUGAGUAGUUCAGCCGCCGCGAGGUCAUCUCCUCCAGGCGAAUGCUUUCACUUCCACAACCUUCAUUUUAACUCACUAUCAUGGCUCCUGAACUGACCCCGAUUGAAGGCGACCCGAAGAAGCGUGUGUGCUAUUUCUUCGACUCCGAUGUCAGCGGAUUCCAUUAUGGCCCUGGGCACCCCAUGAAACCUACUCGAAUACGGAUGUGUCACUCCCUUGUCAUGAACUAUGGCCUCUACAAACGAAUGGAAAUAUUUCGUGCCAAACCUGCUACUAAGAGGGAAAUGACACAGUUCCACUCUGACGAAUACGUUGAAUUCCUCAGUCGCAUAACGCCCGUCAACAUGAACUCAUAUAUCAAAGAACAGCACAAGUAUAACGUCGGGGACGACUGUCCAGUGUUUGACGGUCUUUUUGAUUACUGCUCCAUAUCUGCUGGCGGGUCCAUGGAGGGCGCUGCGCGUCUAAGUCGGGACAAGUGUGACAUAGCUAUAAACUGGGCCGGUGGGCUCCAUCACGCAAAGAAGAGUGAGGCUAGUGGUUUCUGUUAUGUCAAUGAUAUUGUCCUUGGCGUCCUCGAGCUCCUGCGAUAUCAUCAAAGAGUUUUGUAUGUCGACAUUGAUGUACACCAUGGUGAUGGUGUUGAAGAAGCAUUCUAUACGACGGACCGUGUCAUGACCUGUAGUUUCCACAAGUAUGGUGAAUUCUUCCCCGGUACUGGUGAGCUUCGGGAUACUGGCAUUGGCAAGGGGAAGAACUUCGCGCUGAACUUCCCCCUGCGUGAUGGUAUCACUGAUGAGAGCUACAAGAGUGUCUUCGAGCCAGUCAUCCGGCAAGUCAUGGAGACGUAUGACCCAGGAGCGGUUGUCCUUCAGUGUGGAACAGAUUCGUUGUCCGGCGACAAGCUCGGUUGUCUGAAUCUGUCUAUGCGUGGGCAUGCGAACUGUGUCAGGUUUGUGAAGUCAUUCAACAAGCCUUUGCUCAUGCUCGGUGGCGGAGGUUACACCAUGCGUAAUGUUAGUCGCGCCUGGGCGUUUGAGACUGGCCUGGCAACAGGUGUCGAGCUUGGUCCUGAGAUCCCCAUGAACGAGUACUAUGAGUACUUUGGGCCGGAUUACCAGCUUGAUGUCAAGUCCUCUAACAUGGAAGAUAUGAAUACUCCUGGAUACUUAGAACGAGUGAAGAACAUUGUCAUGCAGAACAUUCGACUGGUUGGCGGUCCGCCCAGUGUCCAGAUGACAGAUAUCCCUAGGGUACCUAUUGACGCCAUGAUGGAAGACGCUAACGAGGACGAAGAUCUCAUUCCACCGGAUGAGCGCCGUCACCCGCGACUCUUGGACACUCGACGGCAGGCUGAUGGAGAACUGUCUGAUUCUGACGACGAAGGUGAAGGUGGUCGUCGGAAUCAUGCGAGUCAUCGCGAUGCAGAUAACCUUGCGCAUAGCACCGGUCGACGAGCAGCCGUCGGUAUCAUGAGCGCGGGGUCAACCCAUGGUAUUGGUACUAGCAUGGCUACCGCCGUGACUGGAGGUACUCCAACACCCGUGGCUGGAUCUUCUAACAACCAAUCUGAUAUGGACGUCGAUGAGGAAACCCCUCUCGCUCAGAUGGUGGGUCGGAAGAAAAAGAAGCCUGGUCGGAAGUCGAGUACUGGAGCUCCUAUGGCUGUAGAUACCAGUUAGUUUGUGGGCUUUGUUUAUUCUCGUGUAUUAUAUUGCUGUGUACUUGUCAUGCUAUGCUUUGUUCUUGCCCUU